GGAAAACAACCUUUCUGUACGGAAGGGUUUAGCUUCUCAUGAAAACAUACUGUUUGGGAGCCAUGCAUGUCCGGUGUGUUUGCUGAUCUAGUUUAAAAUGGAAGGACUUAUAAUAACACUCAUCAUCACCUGUGUCCACAUUGAGGCCCAAAGUUAUCAUGAAUAUGGAGUGAUUAAAACAUGUGGAGACAAUAUAAAUCUAGACGAUUUUCUCGUCACACUUGAUGAUGAACUGGUGGCACACGUGGACAUGGAGAAGAAGGAGAACGUUUACACAGUACCUGAUUUCAUUGGCCCUAUUCAGUAUCCCUCACUGUAUCAGGAUGCCUUAAGAGCUUUAGUUAUUUGCAAAGAAGCAGUUGAAGUGUUAAAAGGGGCGUAUGUCAAUUCAUCAGAGCAAAUCGAACCUCCCUGGAGUUCAGUUUAUACCAAACAAGAUGCAGAGUUAAACGUUGAAAACACACUGAUCUGCCACGUUACUGCGUUUUUUCCUCCACCUGUCACAAUCACAUGGACCAAAAACAAUUUGAAUGUGACAGACGGUACAACUCUCAGCCGGUAUUAUCCAAACAAAGAUGGGACCAUGAAUGUGUUUUCUAAAUUGAGUUUUAUUCCAGUGGAAGGAGACAUAUACAGCUGCACCGUGGAGCACAAAGCUCUCGAGCAACCUCAAACUAGAAUAUGGGAAGUAGAGAUAAAGGAGUCCAGUUAUGGUCCAUCAGUGUUCUGUGGAGUUGGACUGAGUCUUGGACUGAUAGGAUCUGCUGUUGGAAUUUUCUUUAUUGUCAAAGGAAGCAACUGCAACUCAUACUGACAACAACUACAACUGACAUCUGGUGUUUGAUUCUCAUAUAAAAGAUGACAUUUUUUAUUCAUGCUGAUUUUUUCUCAUGUUUUUUAAGGUUCAUUUAAUUGAAAACAUAUAGGGGCGGUUUCCCGGACCAGGAUUAGCUUAAUCCAGGACUAGGCCAUAGUUUAAUUGGAAAAUAUAACUAGUUUUAACAAACAUGCCUUACUAAAAACAUUACCUGUGUGCAUUUUGAGGUAAAACAAAGGGCCCUGAUAGAUAUAUAAGUGCAAGUUGUUUUCAGUUUGGAGAGCUCUUAAAAAUGUUUAAGUCUAGGACUAGUCUAAUCCCUAUCCGGGAAACCGCCCCAUAAGACUUUAAAUAGAAACGCGAAAUACCAUACCAACUUGUAGGGACAAUACAAGGCCGUUCAACUUGCCACAUAAAAUAUGUCAGUAUGUCCAAUGUCCAUAAUACACUUUAAAAAGUAAAUGUUGGAUAAAUG